AUGGGCGCGGCCGGGGUGGUGCGGAGCUUGUGCUUCCGAAUAAGCAUCGUGGGGGCGUCGAACAGCGGCAAGUCGUCCCUCCACAACCGCCUGAUGAAGCGACUGAGCGGGAGCUACAAGCAGUCGCCCGUUCAUCAUGAGCCGAAUUACUCGCUGGAAAACCAUGAGAGUCCAUUUCGAGUGGAAAACACAAAAUGUGUAAUCACGGACACACUGGGGAUGAACGAGCAGAUGAUUAGGAGGUUGCAGGGGGAGAAGCACCACCCGGAUGAGCGGCACCACCAGUGUAAUAACAUCAUUCGCCAACAUUUGAACCUCAUCCGGAGCAGCCACUUAAUUUUGUUCUGUGUAAAGUGUUCCCAAAUUAGGCAGAGUGACAUCUUGGCGUAUCAAACUGUUAAAGACAUUUUCACGCAGAGGGAAAAUCUAAUUACUAUUCUGUGUGAUGAGAGGGUCCGAUGGGAUGGCAGAAGUCGGGUGGAGGAUGACGUGGCCACAAAGCAGAGUGAGUACAAUUUUUUACACGCCUUUGAGGAAUUCAGCAACGUCGUUUUCUUUCCAAAUGGGUUGGCCUGGCAGGACCAGGGGGAGGACCUGGUGGCGCUCAUACGGCGGAAGGUCAGGGAGGAAGUAGCGGCCCACGCGGGGGGAGACCUUGAAGAAGCCCCGACCGGCGACCACCCUCCGAUGCAGCACCGUACAUGUGACCACCACACAUGUGGCUACCCGGAACCCCCCCCGAACGAGCAGCUGCGCGACCUCGUGGACGAGAGCCUGCGCAUCUUCCGGCCGAAGCUCAGCGAAGAGACGAGGAAUUAUUUUUUUAAAUUUGUGGACCUUCGGAAAAAGGAGAAGACGGACGAGCGGCUUUUCAACGAUUUUCUGAGCGAGCGGAUUUUGGGGAAGUCCCUCAGGAAGCUGACGAGGGGGGAGUUGCUCGCGCGGGGGGCGCAGGCAGAGGCGGAAGCAGAAGCGGAAGCAGAAGCGGUAGCGGAUGGAGAAGCGACUGUGGGAGCGAAAGCGAAAGCGGCAGCGGAGGAAGAACCAGUUGGGGAAGACGCCGUCGAUGCGGCCGCCAGUACCGCCGCUAAUACCGCCAAUGCCGCCGCGAAGGCGAAGAACAAGCGGGUGCGGCUGCUGCAGGCCAUCGUGGGCGGACAGGGGGGGGUCAACCCCUACGAAUUGGUGAAGCUCACUCGCGCGGGGGACGCCCCCCCCGUUGGAGCCGCUACACCUGUUGGGGAAGCCACCCCGGAGGAAGACACCACCUCAGAGGAAGGUGCCCCCCCUGUUGGAGCCGCUACACCUGAGGAAGAUGCCACCUCAGAGGAAGGUGCCCCCCCUGUUGGAGCCGCUACACCUGAGGAAGAUGCCACCCCGGAGGAAGACGCCACCUCAGAGGAAGAUGCCACUCCUUCUGGAACCGCUACCCCCCCACACCUGCAGGUGUGCUUCCUGGGCGAGCGGAACUGCGGGAAGACGACGCUGAUCGAGGCCAUCCUGAGGAGGCCCAUCGUGCGCGAGCAGGACGUGGCGGAGCUCUUCGGGAGGAAGAAAUACAUAAACAGGGACCUGACGGUCGAGCACAGAAACGUGCAAAUAACGAUAGCAGACACGUGCAGCCUAACGAAGCAGCACCGCUUCAAAGAGGAAGACAGUCACCACGAGGAGGAGAGACGCGUGUUCACCAAUGUGCAUAGAAGCGACCUGUGUGUGUACGUUAAGGAGGCCAAAGAAAAUAACCUAAGCGUAAGUAGGGAGGAUAAGAAAAUGAUAUUUUACCUCCUCAGGAAAAAGAAGAACAUAAUCGUUGUGGUGACCAAAACUGACGCCAUCUUGUCUCGGUUUGAAGAGAAAAGGAAUGAGUUCCUCUCCUCCUUCUGCUCCUCCUUCAGUGACAUCCCAGUGCUUUUUCUAAAUCCAAACAAUCAAAUGCACGUGCAGACUUUGCUAAAUCGGUUCAUUCAUAUACACAAGAUGAGUCACCUGCGCAUCCCCACGUCCACUCUAAAUCUGUUUCUAAUUAGGUUCCUUCAGCUGUUCCCUAUCCCCUGGGUGAGAAAAAAGAAAUGCAGCUUCAAGUACAUUAGGCAAGUGAAUACCAACCCAGUCACCUUCCUCAUCUUCACCAACCUGUAUAGCAACGUCCCGAGCAAUUACUUGUCUUUUUUUAAAAAGAAACUCAAGGACCAGUUUCGUUUGAGGAGCGUUAACGUUCAGUUUAUCUUCCGCACCACUUGCGACAGCGCCAACGCCAGGCGCGGUCGGCUCGUGCGUGCCGGGGGGAGGCCGCGGCGGUGA